UACGCUGCGCUCCAUUGCAAGCUCAUAUUGUCUUGUGUCAGUGUUGAGCAGGGCAGUGAAAGAUGAAUGCGUUUAAAUUGCGUUUAAUUAUUUUUGCUUGCGUUUUAUAUGUUAUUGUCGCAGAGACCAAGAUGCCAGCAAUGGUUAGCGCGGACAAAAUUCGUGCCAUCGAAGAAAGACUUGGAAAGGUCGAAGAAGAACUAAAGCUCGAAAAGGAACGCAAUGCGCGGUUAAGUAAAGGUGCUGGAAAGCGAUCAUAUGAAGGCGACGCAGUGGCGUUCUUUGCAACGAUUGGUGCUUCAGUUGAACAUUUAGGACAAGGUCAGACAGUCGUGUUCGAUCAACUGCUGACCAUGAUCGAUUCAACACAGUCUUUAGGAGGUUAUAGUGCCACCACUGGUGUUUUCACGGCUCCAUUGAGCGGUGUGUACGUCUUUUCGUGCACAAUAAUGACCCUCGAUCAGCACACUACACACGUCGCCUUGCAAAAAAACAACACCCCGCUUUCAACAAUCUACGUGAGCGGUGGGAGCGGCCAUGGGUGGGACUCUGCGUCGUCAACUGUCACCGUUCCUCUAGCUAAAGGAGAUAGUGUAAGCGUGAAACACAUGGACAAUGAUCAUGGCUUGGCCGGAGCGUUUUAUGGUGGACAGUCCACAUUCACUGGGUUUCUGUUGCAGAGGCAGUACGAUGACACUCCAGUGGUUGGAUGAAAUGAAAAUGUCUUAUUCAAGAAUAAAGAAAUAAUUAUA